CCAAUUCUUUUUGAAUUAUACCAUUCUUUUAAGAUUCCCCAUGAGCCAGCGAUUCAAAGAAUGCCCAGAACAGCUCAAAACAGAAGAGACCAGCAAAAGGAUAACCAUUCUUCAAUUCCCCAUUUUGGGAUGCCAAUCCCAAUUCUCUGUCUCCUUAGGACACUCAUUUUGUUCAUUCUUUGAUGGGUUCACUUCGUUUAAUCUUUCUGGCGUUUUUAAUCUUCAGAGAAUAGCUUAGAGGCGCUUUGUUGAGCUUUGAAAGCUUCUGGGCUGUUAUGGGUCUGAGCAGACCUCACAAGGUUGCCAAUGGUUUCUCUCCCAGAUGGGUUUUUCUAUUUUGCAUUGCUAGCUUCUUCUUGGGUGUUUUUGUUGUCCACAGGUUUUGGGGUGUGCCUGAUCCUGUUGAAGAAACAGAUGAGGAGGUAUCUAUAGACAAAGUCCAAUCAAAAACUUCUCAGCCCAUUGUUAACUGUGAGAAGAAGGAACCCUCCCUACAAGCUGAUAUUCUUUCUCAACUAUCGCAGACCCAUGAUGUUAUCAUGACAUUAGACAAAACAAUCUCAUCAUUGGAGGUGCAGCUAGCUACAGCUAGAGCUUCUAAAGCAGAUAACAAUGAAGGAUCUCCUAUGGUUACAGAGCUCGGAAUCGAGAAUUUGAAGGAGCGGCCGAAGGUUUUCUUUGUUAUGGGAAUCAUUACGGCCUUCAGCAGCCGAAAGCGUAGAGACUCGAUUAGAGAAACAUGGAUGCCUCGAGGUGAAGAUUUAAGGAAGCUGGAGGUGGAGAAGGGAAUUAUAAUACGCUUUGUCAUUGGACAUAGUGCAACUCCUGGUGGCGUAUUGGAUCGUGCGGUUGAUGCUGAGGAGGCACAACACAAGGAUUUUCUAAGACUGAACCACAUAGAAGGAUAUCGUGAAUUAUCCUCCAAAACCCAAAUAUACUUUUCAACAGCAGUUGCUAAAUGGGAUGCUGAUUUCUUCAUCAAAGUUGAUGACGAUGUUCAUAUAAAUCUUGGUAUGGUUGGUUCUACCUUGGCUCGUCAUAGAUCGAAACCACGUGUUUAUAUUGGUUGCAUGAAGUCGGGUCCAGUUUUUGUUCAAAAAGAGGAAAAGUAUCAUGAACCUGAAUACUGGAAAUUUGGUGAGGAAGGCAAUAAGUAUUUUAGGCAUGCAACUGGGCAAAUUUAUGGCAUCUCCAAAGAUUUAGCUAUCUACAUUUCAGUUAAUAGGCCCAUACUACAUAGAUAUGCAAAUGAAGAUGUUUCCUUAGGUUCAUGGUUCAUUGGUCUUGAUGUCGAACACAUCGAUGAUAAGAGUCUUUGCUGUAGCACUCCACUCGACUGUGAAUGGAAGGCUGAAGCUGGGAAUCCCUGUGGUGCAUCAUUCGAUUGGAGUUGCAGUGGCAUCUGCAAAUCAGUGGAGAGAAUGGAGGAGGUACACCAGAGGUGUGGGGAAGGUGAAGAGGCAAUCUGGCACACCAGUUUCUAGAAAGCCUUUGAAUUUGAUAUCUCCAUCUUAGUCUGUGGAUAUCAUCGUUACAAGGCAAUGGGUAUUGAUUAAGUUUGGAGGUACCAUCUCCCACUGCAUUCAUAUGCCUGCCUUUGAAAGUGUGUGAUUCAUGGAAUCUGGGCUAUGUGUUGAUUCUGAGUAUGGAAAUUUGUUGUGUUCUAUUAUAGAAACAUAAUAAUUUUUAAAAUCAUGUGUUCAUAU